AUGAGCACGCCCGCCGUCCCGGCUGCGGCCGACAACAACAUCCAAAUUGACCUGCUGGAUGACACCAACCCCGAGGGCACCCAGCCCGCGGUCAAGAAGGUCAAGGCCGAGGCCACGGAUGAUGUGUCGACCGCCUCGGUCACUGUCUCGGCCGACGCCGCCGCUGCCGCCGCCGCUGCCAAGAAGAAGGGCCCCAUUGCUGUGGUCACUGACGAGGAGCUGAUCGCCUCCAACGUGAAGGCCGUCCGCCACGAGGUGGCCGUCCCGCCGGGGUACCCGUACGAGGAGCUGGUGGACCUGCCGAUGCCGGCCAACCCUGCUCGGCAGUACCCCUUCGUGCUGGAUCCCUUCCAGCGCUGGUCGGUCAACAUCAUCGAGCGCAAUGAGUCGGUCCUGGUGUCGGCGCACACCUCCGCCGGUAAGACUGUCAUCGCCGAGUAUGCCAUCGCUGUGUCCCUGCGCAACAAGCAGCGUGUCAUCUACACCUCCCCCAUCAAGGCCCUGUCCAACCAGAAAUACCGCGAGCUCCUGGAGGACUUCGGUGAUGUCGGCCUGAUGACCGGUGAUGUCACCAUCAAUCCGAAUGCCUCGUGCCUGGUCAUGACCACCGAAAUUCUCCGAAACAUGCUUUAUCGCGGGUCGGAGGUCAUGCGCGAGGUGGCCUGGGUCAUCUUCGAUGAGAUUCACUACAUGCGUGACAAGGAGCGUGGCGUUGUCUGGGAGGAGAGUAUCAUCAUGCUGCCGAAGAGCGUGCACCAUGUGUUCCUCUCGGCCACCAUUCCCAACGCCAAGGAAUUCGCCGAUUGGAUUUGCCACGUCCACCAGACCCCCUGCCAUGUGGUCUACACCGACUACCGUCCGACCCCCCUGCAGCACUACCUCUUCCCCAGUGGCGGUGAUGGCAUCUACCUGGUGGUCGAUGAGAAGGGUCGCAUCCGUGAGGACAACUUCAGCAAGGCCAUGGCCCUGGUGACGGAGAGCCAGUCCGGCCGGGGGUCCUUCAAGGCUGGCGAUCGCGCUCGGCGCAUGCGCAGCAAGGGCUCCAGCUCGGACAUCUUCCGCAUUGUCAAGAUGAUCAUGGAUCGCCACUACCAGCCGGUGAUCAUUUUCGCCUUCAGCAAGCGCGAGGUCGAGGGCCUGGCCCUGCAGAUUUCCAAGCUCGAUUUCAACAGCGAGGAGGACAAGCAGAUGGUGGAGGAUGUUUACAACAACGCCAUCGACAGCCUGUCCGAGGAUGACAAGACCCUCCCCCAGAUCCAGCACAUCCUGCCCCUGCUGAAGCGUGGUAUCGGCAUCCAUCAUGGCGGUCUGCUGCCCCUGAUCAAGGAGGUCAUUGAGAUUCUCUUCCAGGAGGGCCUGAUCAAGGUGCGCCCGAUCUUUCUUUCCCCUGCUGCUACCUUCAGUAUGGGUCUGAAUAUGCCUGCGCGCACUGUGGUCUUCACGGCCGUGCGCAAGUACGAUGGCAAUGACUUCCGCUGGGUCUCCUCCGGCGAGUACACCCAGAUGGCCGGCCGUGCCGGUCGUCGUGGUCUCGAUGACCGUGGUAUCGUCAUCCAGAUGCUCGACGAGAAGAUCGACCCGCCUGCCUGCCGGGAUAUGCUCACCGGCGGCGCGGACAACCUCAACUCCGCCUUCUACCUCUCGUACAACAUGAUUCUCAACUUGAUGCGUGUGGAGGAGGUCAACCCGGAGUUCCUGCUGGAGCGCUCCUUCUUCCAGUUCCAGAACAACUCCUCGGUCCCCAAGCUCAAGAACGACCUCGCUCUGCUGGAACAGAAGCGCGAUGAGAUUGUCGUUCCCCGUGAGGACGAGAUCGCUGCCUACUACUCGAUCGAGCAGCAAAUCGCCACCCUCAAUGACAGCGUCCGCAAGGUGAUCACCCAUCCGACCUUCCUGGUGCCCUUCCUCCAGCCUGGACGUCUGGUUCGCAUCCGCAAUGGCGACCAGGACUUCGGCUGGGGCGUGGUGGUCAACUUCACCAAGAAGACCAACAGCCACCAUCGGGCCAUCCAGCCGGCCGGUGCGGCCGACACCGACGACGAGUCCACCAAGUAUGUGAUCGACGUGCUGAUCAAGUGUGCGUCCAUCAACAACGCCAUGAAGUCUGCGGAGCCGGCUUCGGCCGAUGCCCAGCAGUCCGCCGAGAUGCAGGUGAUCCCGGUCCUCCCGUCGACCAUCUACAGCAUCUCCUCGGUGCGGCUGAAGCUGCCGGCGUCUUUGAAGCAGCGCGACGCUCGCCAGCGUCUGGAGCACACCAUCGCCGAGGUGCAGCGCCGCUUCAAGUCCGGCGUCCCCCUGCUGGACCCGGUCACCGACAUGAACAUCACCGACGAGAAGUUUGCCCAGCUCAUUGAGAAGAUUCGCUCCCUGGAGGCGGCUCUCCAGCAGAUGGACAUCCACACGGCCGACGAUCUGGCCGCUGUGCACAAGGUCUACUCCGAGAAGAUGACCCUCAUUGAGGACAUUCGAAACAAGAAGCGCCAGAUUCGUGACGCCACCUCCAUCAUGCAGAUGGACGAGCUGAAGGCGCGCAAGCGUGUCCUCCGGCGCCUGGGCUUCACCUCCAUGUCUGACGUCAUGGAGCUGAAGGGCCGUGUGGCGUGCGAGAUCAGCACCGGCGAUGAGCUCCUCCUGACGGAGAUGAUGCUCAAUGGUGUCUUCAAUGACCUGUCGGUGGAGCAGAUUUGUGCCAUCCUCUCGUGCACGGUGUUCGACGAGCGUGUCGGCAAGGAUGACGACAAGAAGCCGCCCAUGCGCGAGGAGCUGGCCAAUCCCCUGCGCCAGCUGCAGGAGACCGCUCGUCACAUUGCCCGUGUGUCGGCCGAGUGCAAGCUCGCCCUCGACGAGUCCACCUACCUGGAGAAGUUCAAGCCCGAGCUGAUGGACGUCGUCUUCCAGUGGGCCUCCGGGGCCAAGUUCUGCGACGUGGCCAAGCAGACCGAGGUCUUCGAGGGAAGCAUCAUUCGGUGCAUUCGCCGCCUGGAGGAGCUUCUCCGCCAGAUGGGCUCGGCUGCCAAGGCCAUCGGCUCGGCCGAGCUGGAGAACAAGUUUGCCGACGCCAUUACCCGCAUCAAGCGCGAUAUCGUUUUCGCUGCCUCCCUCUACCUGUGA